GGAGUUAGACGUCAACGAGUGUGUGGGUCCCGGAUUUGUGUUAAACAUAAUCGGCACUGUCCCGGAAGAAGCCGAACUGUUAGGCGGUACGAAAAUGUCCAAGGUGUCCGACCUGUAUGAUGUGACCUGGGAAGACAUGCGGGAUAAGAUGAAAACUUGGCGGGAAGAAAACUAUCGGAACAGUGAGCAUGUAAUUGAAGUCGGAGAAGAGCUGAUAAAUGAACACGCUUCCAAACUUGGAGAUGACAUUUGGAUAAUUUAUGAACAAGUGAUGAUUGCAGCCCUGGACUGUGGAAGAGAUGACAUAGCAAUGUCUUGUCUUCAGGAACUAAGAAGGCAGUUUCCUGGGAGCCACAGGGUGAAAAGGCUAACUGGCCUGAGAUUUGAAGCUAUGGAGAGGUACGAUGAUGCGCUCCAGAUAUAUGACAGAAUAUUACAAGAUGAUCCAACUAACACAGCAGCGAGAAAGCGAAAGAUUGCCAUUCGGAAAGCUCAGGGUAGAAACGCGGAGGCCAUCCGAGAGCUGAAUGAGUAUUUGGAGCAAUUUGUUGGUGACCAAGAAGCUUGGCACGAACUUGCAGAGCUUUACAUCAAUGAACUUGACUAUGCCAAAGCUGCUUUUUGUUUGGAAGAACUCAUACUGACUAAUCCACACAACCACUUCUAUUACCAGCAGUUUGCUGAAGUCAAAUAUACCCAAGGAGGGCUUGAAAAUCUGGAACUUUCUAGAAAGUAUUUUUCCCAGGCUCUGAAACUCAACAACCACAACAUGAGAGCAUUGUUUGGACUUUACAUAUCAUCCGUCCAUAUUGCUUCCAAUCCCAAAGCAAGUGCAAAAAUGAAGAAGGAUAAUGUAAAAUAUGCAACAUGGGCCACUAGCCAAAUAAAAAAAGCUUAUCAGCUUGCAGGUCGCACCAUGACUGAUACACAGACAUCUUUAAAGGCAGUUGAAGAUAUGUUGGAAACCUUGCAGAUCACACAGUCCUAAUAACACAAUGGAUUACUACACCAUCAGCAAGUCUCAUUAAUUCCCUUGAUGAUCAAUUUUUUAAGAUGUGAAUAGUUUGUGCACUGCUUUGGCCCUGUUGCCAACCAGAUUAACCCUCAGAAAGUACUUGUGUGUGUGGCUUCCUAUCACUAUGCACAAUGAAUAAAAGACCGCUUCAGUAGCUGCACCUACACGGGUAUGGAAAGGGUUAUCUCUGCCUACCUUAAAAAACUAAAGUCAAACUGUUUUAAUGUCUUAAAGGAAAAAUGCAGAUUGUUUUUGGUUAUUUUUAUUUAAGUUAAAGUCCAUUUAUAGUCUGGUAGCGUGCACAAGCCUGAGGUAUUUAUUAAAAAAGCUGGACUAUGUGCCCUGCCUCUAUCGUUGUUUAAAUAGAGUUAUAUUGUUAGUCAAGAAAUCCAUAAAGUGCUAAUAACUUGGAUGUUGGCGUUGGUCUGGAGUAUAAUACCUCUCCUCCUGAGGUGGUAGUCAGGCUAUUCUACUCAAGCCACACUUGGAGGUCCAACUUUGGUAAAAGCCCUCCUUAAAGGGAUUCUGUCAUCAUUGAUAUGGCAUAGUUUUUAUUACUGAAUUACACUGUGUGCAUUGCAACUAAUUCCUUCUACCAUUUCAAAUGUUUAGCUCUUAUAUUGGUGUGUAGGUGCCAUUGUGACCGAUUCUGAGCUUUCAGAUGAAGCCAGCACUACACAAUUUUCAGAUAAGCUAUUGUUUCUCCUACUCCUUCUCCUAAUGUAACUUGAGGAGUCAUGGCGGGAUGACUUGGAUUUCUACUAUUGAGUGUUAUUCUUUUAUCUACCACUAGGUGUGGAAGCAUUUUUAGUAAUACAGGGUGGCAGGGAGCCGUUAUGCUGCUCCCUUCCCAUUGCUCUCUUGAUCGGCUGCUGGAUGGGGGGGGGUAAAGGAGGUGUUGCAAACACUGAAACUUGCAGCUCAGCAACAAAGAGAGACUGAAUUUAUCAGAGAACAAGUCACAUGGCUGAGGGCCCCUGGUAAACUAAAAACUUCUAGCCCCAAAUCAAAUUUCAAAAUUUAAUAUGAAAAAAAAUCUGUUUCCUUGUUUUGAAAAGUGCUAUAAACCGAUGCAUUCUCUAAAAAAAAAAAAAAAAA